AUGAUUUUAAUUGCUAAUGCUAGGACUGAAAUAGCCAAACAAAUAAGAACUAAGAAUAAAGACGAGUGUGAAUCACAUUACAAUUCCGUGUAUAUAAAUAACCCCCAAGGGAUACUACCAGUCUUUAAGAACGAAUUGCAGGAUUCUAAAAUCAACGAAUCCGUAAAACUUAUCACGUACGAAGCUAAUGAAGAUCUAUGUCGCUAUACCAUUGAUUCGCCACAGUCGUACGACCUUGCCGGUUAUAUUUCUCCGAGGGCAGAAUUCGAAAUUGAAUAUGAUAACUUCGCGGAAAGUAUAUUACAGGAUGUUGCUGAACCUGAGGAAAAUGAUGCAGAUAUAUCGAGAGAAUAUAAGUAUGCAAUGUUGAGUAUCUAUAACUUUAGAUUGCAGCAAAGACAGCUUCGUAAAAGAUUUGUGAAAGAAUACGGGCUAUUAAACAUCAAGAAACAGCAAGGAUGCAAUAUUUAUGAGCAAUUAAAACGCAAACGGGAGGACGAAAGAAUGAGACAUCAUCAUCUCGAAGAUACAUUAAGUGCGCUAAAGAACUUUUCUUACUAUCAACGCUACAUUCAUAGACAAUUUACAGCGGGAAAUGAGCCUUACAAACCCAUAGUACCUAUGCGUCGUAAACCGGCACCAAGAUUAGAUAUUAGUGGCGCACCAGAACUGGAAAAAUUAGAUGAUGACGAAAAGGAACUGUGCUCACAACUUAGGCUCUUACCCAAAGCUUACAUUGAAUACAGAGAUAUAUUAUUGGCAGAGCACCAAAAGCAAGGUUCGCUUAAACUAGCUCAAGCUCGAGUUCUUAUUAGAAUUGAUGUAAAUAAAACUAGGAAAUUAUACGACUUUCUAUGUGAAAAAUCUCUGAUUUCUGCGAAUCCUCUUGAUGGAAAUGGGGUCUAA